AGCCACACCCCCCUACCACCACCCGCUCCACUACGUGUGUGACGUAUUUUUGCCGCCGCCACCCGCUCCCACACGUACAUGACGUAUUUUUCGCCACCGUCAUGGUUAUCAUGUUAUCAAUUACGCUUAUCAAUUACGUUUAUCAUAUUAUUGUACAUGCACCAUAUUAUUGUACACGCAGCAUAUUAUUGUACAUGUAUUCGAGCCACCACCGUAAAUUUCAUUUAAUAAUAUUUGAAAAUAAUUUUGUGUGUUUCUCCGACUAACAUACAAUUCUCAGUAUGUCAUCAUCUAUUCUUCAAAGGUUUCACUGAACAACUAUUGUGUAUAAAUCUUUAGGUGGGAUAUAUUUUUAAAAUCACAUGAGUUUUAAACCAGACGUGUUAUAAAACGCAACACAAAUUAUUUUUACCAACACAGUAUACUAUUAGAUUUAUUCAGAUACGUUUAUAGCGAAACAAAUAUUUUAUUAUUUCGUUCUUGAAUACUUUAUCUACAGACUUCAGUAAUGUAAGUAUUUUUUUUUUUUUGUAUUAUUCAUAAAUAAUUUUAUAAAUAAACAAUCCGAUUUAUAGAUGUCUAAUAAUUCAACACCAAGUUUUGACGGCUAUGAAUAUAGAAGGAUUCUAGAGGAGAUACCAUUCGAAGAUGACGCUCAAAUAAUGAUCGAACACGACGAAAACGGAUAUUUGGCCAUAACUGCAUCCGAAGAUAGUGGGUACUCCACUCACCGAGAGUCGCAGAUAGGUAUUUGGUAUCGUGCGUUUUCACCAAUUCAUUCACCUGCAACACCAUUACUACCACGGCCAUCUCAGGGCCUUUUCGAUCUUUGUCGCCGAUUCCGUCCGAACCAUCCUCACCCGACAUGUUCGCGGAGACAACGCCGAGACCGAUUGUGCUUAGAGUGAGAACGAUUUGUUCCCGGAUGGAUCCGAUGACGGUUAUGACAUACAGUUGAUUGAACUCUUGAA